GAAUAUGCAAGAAAAGCUCUUGAUUUUCUCUGGGAAAAAAGACAACGAAGUAGUAAUUUAGUGGGCGUGACUAUAAAUAUUCAUACUGGAGAUUGGGUACGAAAAGAUAGUGGAGUUGGAGCAGGGAUUGAUUCAUAUUACGAAUAUCUAUUGAAAGCCUAUGUCUUGCUUGGAGAUGACAGUUUUCUGGAAAGAUUCAAUACACACUAUGAUGCCAUAAUGAGGUACAUUAGCCAGCCACCUCUUCUGCUUGAUGUGCAUAUUCACAAACCAAUGCUGAAUGCUCGGACUUGGAUGGAUGCUCUGCUAGCCUUUUUUCCGGGUUUACAGGUUUUAAAGGGGGAUAUUAGACCUGCUAUUGAAACUCAUGAAAUGUUGUAUCAGGUGAUUAAAAAACAUAAUUUUCUACCAGAGGCUACAGGAGAUCCUUACUACCUUGAAGUAGGGAAAACACUUAUUGAAAAUUUAAAUAAAUAUGCUAGAGUGCCUUGUGGAUUUGCUGCCAUGAAGGAUGUGCGUACUGGAAGUCAUGAGGACAGGAUGGAUUCUUUCUUUUUGGCUGAAAUGUUUAAAUAUCUUUACCUAUUAUUUGCUGAUAAAGAAGACAUUAUUUUUGACAUAGAAGAUUACAUCUUUACGACAGAAGCUCAUCUCUUACCUCUUUGGCUCUCUACUACAAAUCAAAACAUCUCUAAGAAGAACACAACCUCAGAAUAUACAGAACUGGAUGACAGUAAUUUUGAUUGGACUUGUCCAAAUACUCAAAUUCUCUUCCCUAAUGACCCGUUGUAUGCUCAGAGCAUUCGUGAACCCUUGAAAAAUGUGGUGGAUAAGAGUUGUCCUAGAGGCAUCAUCAGAGUAGAGGAGAGUUUCAGGAGUGGAGCUAAACCCCCUCUCAGAGCCAGAGAUUUCAUGGCCACUAACCCUGAGCAUUUAGAAAUCCUGAAGAAGAUGGGGGUGAGUUUGAUUCACCUCAAAGAUGGGAGAGUCCAGUUGGUCCAACAUGCAAUCCAAGCUGCUAGUUCAAUUGACGCUGAAGAUGGGUUGAGGUUUAUGCAGGAGAUGAUCGAAUUGUCAAGUCAGCAACAGAAAGAGCAGCAGCUACCUCCACGAGCUGUACAAAUUGUUUCCCACCCAUUUUUUGGCAGAGUAGUAUUGACUGCAGGACCAGCUCAGUUUGGGCUGGAUCUGUCUAAACAUAAAGAGACAAGAGGAUUUGUUGCAAGCAGUAAACCAUACAAUGGUUGUUCAGAGCUUACCAACCCUGAGGCAGUGAUGGGAAAAAUCGCCUUGAUACAAAGAGGACAGUGCAUGUUUGCAGAAAAGGCACGCAAUAUCCAAAAUGCUGGAGCCAUUGGUGGCAUUGUUAUUG